AUGACCGUCAUGGAUGCAGCCAAGAGUGCUCUUCAACUGACCGAAACGGCCAAAUCAGCAGAUGGGAAGAAAUAUGACUGCUACGAGGAUCCAUUGUGGAAGCGGGAGAAGGAUGCAUAUUUUUACAACAAGAAGAAUACCACAUAUAAUACUUAUGCUCUGCCCAACGAAAAGCAAAACAUCCUCAACGAGCUGUGGCAAGAUGGCAAGCUCAAGUUCAAAACACUGUUUGACAACCUUUGGAACGAAGCCAUAGCCAACGGUAAGGUGGUUUACAAUACCUCUCAGCAUGAAAAGCUGUUAUUGCCUAUGGAAAAGGC